AGGCCCGAUCCCGCGGUGUUCUUACCUCAGAAACCUCUGUGCCAUGCCACCCCAAGCCCAAGAGACCGAAGUCAACUACCCUCCCAAGAACGAACCCAGCCAUGGCCUCCAACUCCGCCGCCGCCAUCGUCACGCUUAACGUCGGCGGCGAGCUCUUCCAGACCACCGCCGCCACCCUCUCCCGCGCCGGUGCCUCCUCCCCAUUCUCCUCCCUUGGUCCCUCCUCCCCCUCGGACCCGCACUUCCUCGACCGCGACCCGCGCCUCUUCGAGCUCCUCCUCUCCUUCCUCCGGCGCGGCCGCCUCGCGUCCCCUCCCUCCGCGGCCCUCCUCGCCGAGGCGCUCCACUUCAAGCUCGAUGGCUCCCUCCUCGCCUCGCUCUCCCCCGCGUCCGCCUUCGCCCCGCUCUCGCUGCGCCCCUCCGCGCUCCUCCCCCUCACCGGCCGCGUCGCGCCCUCCGCCGUGGCGAUAUCUCCCUCGCCGCACCCGGCCUCCGUAGUCGCUGCGCACGGAGGAGUCGUCACCUGCUUCGACGCAGCGCUCGCCUCCCGUGCUAGCGUCCUCACACCGCUCCCCGCCGUCGACUCGCUCGUCGCGGUGUCCCCCGCCCUCGCCCUCGCGGGCGCCCGCGAUUUCCCCGGCGUCCACCUCUGCCGGUUUUCGGACGAUGCCCCCGCCGCCGCUGCUCCGGAGGUGCUUUCCUGGCCGGGCUCGACCUCCGCCACUGUGCUCGCGGUGGCGGCCACGGCGGCGUCAGGAGCACCAUCUCCUCCGUUGCUCUUCGCUAGCUUCGAGUCGGCGCGCCGGAACUCGAGCGCUGUGGUAGCCUUCGAUCUGAAUUCUUUGUCUCCCGUGGCGGAAAUCGGGCGGAAGGAGGUGUUCGGCGCGGACGUGGAGGCAGCGAUACCGGCGGCCAAGCUCGGGUGGCUCGGCGGGCACAGCCUCUUGCUCGCUGCCGGGUCGCACUCCGGCCCGGCCGGGGUGGUGGGGGACAUACGCCUCUGGGAUGUCCGAGCGAGCGCCACAGUUCCAGUGUGGGAGGUCAGGGAGAAGGAGGACUGCUUUGCUGAUGUCACUGCCUCUGAUGCGCUGUCGACGAUGUUCAAGGUUGGGGCCACGUCCGGCGAGGUGUUCAUGGCUGACUUGAGGAGGCUUGGUGGUGAUGACAUUGGGCUGGAGCCGUGGGUGUGCAUUGGAGACGGGCAGAGGGCAGCAGUGGCAGCAGCAUCUGGGAAGAAGGAAGGGAACGGCCAUAGGAUUGAGUGCCACUGCAAUUGGGUGUUUGUGGCACGCGGCGCAGAUGUGGAGGUGUGGAGUCAGGUGGAACUAGCAACAGAGGCCGGUGGGAAGAAGGUGAUGAGGAGGAAUUGGGUGGGGAGUGGACCAUCAGUGGCAAUGGCAGGCGGCGAGGAGGGAGUAAAGGAGAAGGCCAAGAUUGUGAGCUGGGCCUUUGGAGGCAGCAGGAUGGCAUUGGCCAGAGCUGAUAAGCAGUCCGUCGAGGUAUGGGAUAGUGCUCCGGCGGCAAUUUAUGUCAAGCCCUGAAAAGAGGAAGAAUACUGCAAAAGAGCUUGAAUCGAAGUUGUGAAAUAGCUGCAUCAGACUUCGUAGAUUGGCGCUUUUCACAGCAAGAUGUUAAGAUGUGUGAACUGUACCAUCGGUGCGUCGUCGCUGGAUACAUCUCUCGGCUCGGCUCGACUUAUGGACGUGCUGAACAGACAAAAGGAUGUUGGCUGGCUAGACUAGACAUGUGAUGGAAGACGGUUGUAACUAUAUCAAAGUAUCUGCAUGCCCAUUCAGAAAAGAAAAUCCGCAUGUAUAAACAAUAGCCUAUGAAUGUGGCUAAUAUGAUUGUGCCCUCUAGCUCACUGGUUUGUCGACUGAAAAGUAUAACUAAAUUAUUUUUCAUCCUAUUUUAUCUUUGCAUUUCA